CUCUAGCCCAGUACAGCCGCAACUACACGCACCCCGGCGAUCCGAGCUCUCCGCCGCCCCAAGAACCCCAAUCCCCAACAUGGCGGAUCGUGGAGGUGAGCGCGGAGGAGACCGAGGUGGUUUCGGCCGCGGGUUCGGACGCGGUGACCGCGGCGGCCGUGGCGACCGUGGCCGCGGUGGGCGACGCGGUGGCCGUCGUGGAGGCCGCCCGGAGGAGGAGGCGUGGGUUCCCGUCACCAAGCUCGGGCGCCUCGUGAAGGAAGGGAGGUUCCAGAAGAUGGAAGAGAUCUACCUCCACUCGCUCCCCGUCAAGGAGCACCAGAUCGUGGAUACCCUCUGCCCAGGGCUCAAGGACGAGGUGAUGAAGAUCACGCCUGUGCAGAAGCAGACGCGGGCCGGACAGCGCACGCGCUUCAAGGCCUUCGUCGUCGUCGGCGACAGCAACGGCCACGUCGGUCUCGGGGUCAAGUGCGCCAAGGAGGUGGCCACGGCUAUACGCGGCGCCAUCAUCCUCGCCAAGCUGUCCGUGGUGCCGGUCAGGAGGGGGUACUGGGGAAACAAGAUCGGCCAGCCCCACACCGUCCCGUGCAAGGUGACUGGCAAGUGUGGGUCCGUGACGGUGCGCAUGGUGCCGGCGCCAAGGGGGUCUGGAAUCGUGGCGGCCCGCGUGCCCAAGAAGGUUCUCCAGUUCGCCGGCAUCGAAGAUGUCUUCACCUCGUCGCGUGGCUCCACCAAGACCCUCGGCAACUUUGUCAAGGCCACCUUUGAUUGCCUUAUGAAAACCUAUGGCUUCCUGACUCCUGACUUCUGGAUGGAGACACGGUUUGUGAAGGCCCCGUACCAGGAGUUCACGGACCUGCUGGCUUCUAAGCCAAAGCUCAUGAUCGAGGCACCUGUGGAGAAGAUAGAAGCUUAGAUGUUUGGAGUAAAGUGUUGAGAAUCUAUUUUGGCGUUUGCAGGGAACUUGGUUUCGUACUCCCGUUUGUGCAAGACUUGUGGCUUACGUAUGACCGAAUCAAAAUUUUGAAUCAUGGAAAGUUGGGCACAAUAGAUGGUUCUUGCAUUUAGCAUUUUUUUA